CAACUCCCAAAACCAUAAAGAUGAGAACUCGUCAUAACUCCGACGGGGUCAUUAAUCACGAUUCCGAUUCCGAUUCCGAUUCCAUGCGUUGCUUAUCGUGCAAGGAGGAGUACAACACACGCGAUGCUGGGACCUGCAAGGAGUGCUAUGAGGAGGCCAGCGAGAAUGAGGAGGAACUCAAGCGGGAGAUCGAAGAUCUCAAGGCCAAAGUUGCUUUUCUGAGGUUUUGGUCGCCACUUGAUCACAGCUACGGCAGGUUUACAUGUCCUUCCUUCACCGACGUGGUUUUGAUUGCUGCCGACGACGGUCCGGAUGGGACCCCGGUCCCGGCGCAUAAGGCUCUUCUGGUGAGCCGUUCCCCAGUAUUUAAAGCAAUGCUUGAGAAUGAAAUGGAAGAAAGUAGAAGCGGAACAAUCAAGAUCAGUGAUGUCUCAUACGAGGCUCUUCGUGCAUUUAUCAAUUAUUUAUACACUGCGGAGGCAUGCCUUGAUGAACGAAUGGCCUACGACCUUGUAGUACUGGCAGAAAAGUACCAGGUAAAACACCUUAAAGCUCACUGUGAGAAGUUCCUGGUAUCCAAGCUGAACUGGAACAAUUGUCUCAUGAACUAUGCCUUUGCGCAUCAGCAUAACGCAAAGCAAAUGCUUGAUGCAGCAUUGUCAUUGAUCAUAGACAACAUGGACAAGUUUACAAAACUAGAGGAGUAUGCAGAGUUUGUGGAGAAGGAUCCACGGCUUGUAGUGGAAGUAUAUGAGGCCUAUCUUUCCAAACAGGUUAAUACUGCAGCCCACAGGGAUCCAUCUGUGAAGCCAUAACCCAUUUAUGCCUCACAUUUAGCUUUUAAGCUGAAUAUUGCGUAUAUGUUCUCCUCUUGAUUGAUGUAUACACAGGAUUUAAUUAAUUAUUAGAAGGAUCUAUCACGAAGCCUAUCCUAUUCAAUGUUUAGGAGAAAAUUUUUUGUGGAUAUGGUAAGACGCUGUCUUUCUUUUUAAGAUUUUUUUUCUCAUAGCAAAAAUAGUAUAAUUAUCAUUAUCACUAUAAUUACUAUUAUCAUCAGUAAUUUAAUGACCGUCACUAUUAUUUC